AUGUUCCCGUUGUUCGCGCUCUUGCUCCUCGCAUCUGUCUCAUCCCACAGAGUGAGAGACUCGGAAGAAGCGAGGCUAUCGGUGGCAUCGGUGACCGACCAAAAUGUCUCAGCAAAGGCUAAGAAGGGACAGCCGUGCUCGUGCUACGAGGAGCAGUUUCGGGUGCUAAAGGAGGAGUCGACUUGCUGCAACGAGGGCUUGGUCUGCGAUGUGAAGAGCCACACUUGCAAAGCCGCUCUGGGCAAGAGGUGUGACUGGCACCUGGUGGGCACAGAGUGUGCCAGCUCCGCGACCUAUGCCGCAAGCACCGAGUGCUUUGCCCAUCGCUGCUGCCUGAAGUCCGGCGAGCACGUCCUGCAGCACCUGGACCCUGCCACAGGCAACCUCACCUAUCACUCGAGACGGGAUUGUUGCACAGGAUCCAUGUGGCUACGGAUGUACAACACGCGGCCGAAGCAAAUGGAGGCCAUUUUUGGAGACAAGCCCUACUGGGUUUGCAUGUGA